AUGGUUGACGAACCAAAUAACUUAGAUGAAGUAUAUAAGUCAGUGCACUGCCAGCAGUGGUUGAAUGCCAUGGCUGAAGAGAUAGCUUCAAUGGAGCACCAUAAGGUAUGGGAGCUUGUGGACUUACCGAGAGGCAAGCGAGCGGUAGGUGACCGAUGGAUAUUCAAGGUUAAGAAAGAUGCACAUGGUAACGUAGAGAGAUUUCGCGCGAGAUUGGUAGUGAAGGGCUACGAUCAACGUCCCGGUCGUGAUUUCGGUGAAACCUUCUCGCCGGUUGCACGUUUUGAUGAGAUCAAGACCCUACAGGCUAUUGCAGCCAAAGAGUCUCUAGCACUAUAUCAGUUUGACGUCAAGACAGCAUUCUUGAAUUCGGAGCUUAAUGAGGAAGUCUAUACGACUAAGCCUGAAGGAUUCUCUGACAACUCGGGAAGAGUUUGUAAGCUAUUGAAAGCGGUAUAUGGAUUGAAGCAAUCGUCCAGAGCCAGGAAUCAGGAGAUCACGAAGCGACUCGUGGGCAUGGGGAUGACUCAGAGCAAAGCAGAUCCCUGUGUCUACUAUACGGAAGGAAAAACGAGACUGAUCGUGGCUCUGUACGUGGACGAUGGCCUAACCAUGGGCCGAGAUCUGGCGACCGUGCAGGAAUCUUUGGAAAAGUUGGGCAGACAAUUGGAAAUCACGUCAAAGCCACUAAUCCACUUCCUGGGAAUGCACGUCGAGAUCUCUGACGAUCGUUCUGAAAUCAAAAUUCACAAAUCGAACUACAUUUCUGAACUUUUGGAACGAUUCCAAGUGAAGAACAGCAAAGAAACUGCUACUCCCAUCGAUAAUAAUUCGAAAUCGGCUUAUGAUGACGAAAUUGAUCCGAGUCUACCAUACCGAGAGAUUAUCGGAGCGUUGCUUUAUCUGACAAUAGCAACCAGAGAAAAAGAGGAGCACAACACCCUCCUAGUGACUACCGGAUCUCUGCUCGGACUGCUCAGCAGCGCUAGAUUGAUCCAUGCGGAUGCGACUUAUAAGAUCUGUCCGAAGCAUUUAUGCAAACAACUUUUCACGAUCCACGGGAAUCGGAGUGGUCACGUCGUAAUGGUCGCGUGCGCAUUCAUGAAUAAGUCGGACAGUGAAGCCUACGGCUGGAUUUUUAGGCAGUUGAAAUUGGCAGCACCUGGACUCACCGUAGCGGCCUACAUGGGCGACUGGGACGGCGCUAUGAGCAAGGCAGUCCGGUCCAAAUUCGACGACGUUGACCUUUAUGGGUGUCAUUUUCAUUUCGCCCAGAGUCUAGUAAGAAGGGCUCGGGGAAAGUGGUGCGCCGGCCUCGGGAACGGAAUCCGAAAACCAGGUGAGGUUCUCUCGAUCUUCCUGGGGUUCUCGGUCCUGCCGUUGCUGCCGCCCGAGAUGAUUCUUCCGACAUUCGGGACCCUUGCUGCUCGAGCCAGGACCGUACACGUCGGCUUUCCCGGCUUUCUCGACUACAUCGAGUCUCACUGGCUGCAGAGAAUCGGUCCCGAAGACCUCUCCGUUUUCGGCCUGCGUCAACGUACGAACGAUGACGUCGAGUCGAACAAUGGUAAACUGCUCAGGAAAGUGGGCCCUCACGGACCAGUAUGGUCGCUUAUCGCGACCAUAGCCGAAUGCGCUCAGGACGUGAUGGUAGACAAGAUUAUCCACUCCCGGGGGGUAGAGCACAUUCUAUCGAGACCACGCAAGGCCACAAAAUUCAACAAGCUCAGGGUCAAGCUGUCGUGGGAGCUGUUGACGCGGGGAGAGAUUUCUGCGGUCGAAUUCAUCGAGCGGGUCAAGUACAAAGUGGGCAAGAGAAACCAUUUACUCUGUCUCAAAGGUCACAUCGACACGGGCUACUCGGAAAAAACUCCUAGCAUUUGCAUUGACAUUGAUGACGACCACAAUUAUGCAAAGAAGCCGAAUCGAGCCCAGCUUUCCCCGAAUUUCUGUGCUUCCCCGGCUUUUGACUCAGUUAAUGACGGAGAGGAAGGUAGAAAGGAGAACGUGCCCGACGAGGGAGUAAAAGUUUUUGGAGACGUGUCCAUAUCCAGAUUGGGGGUGACGGCGAACAAUUUGAAUACCCUGGCCGGAACCAACUGGCUCAACGAUAAAAUUAUAGACAUCUAUUUAAACCUCAUCGUGAACCGAAACAGAGAUUCCCCUCACUUACCCAAAGUAUUCUCAUUCAGCACCUUCUUCCUGGAUUUCUACAAGCGACACGGGUAUGACGAGGUGUCAAAAUGGACGCGGAGAGACGACAUUUUCGCUAAAGAUAUCUUCCUGGUUCCAGUAUAUACCAAAAGCCACUGGUGUAUGGCAAGUAUCGAUUGGCGCACCAGAGUCAUCAAGUACAUGGAUUCUCUUGGGGGCCAAAACGAUGACUGUUUGAGCUUGUUGCGCACCUAUUUGGCUCAGGAGAUGGCGCACAAGAAGAAUUGCGAACUCGACCUCAGUGAGUGGCAUGUGGAAUAUGCCAACAACAUCCCUCAGCAACGAAACAGUUUCGAUUGCGGAGUUUUCGCGCUGAAAUACGCGGACCACAUUGCGCAAGACGCGAAGAUCAACUUCAGUCAAGAAGACAUGCCGGCUUUCAGGGAGAGUUUGAUGCUUGAAAUCCUGCAGUCAUCGCUCAUUCUAUAG